UAAAUAUGGGCGCAGUUAAAAACUUCGAUUCGUUGUACGUACGUGGCUCUGUGCCUGCCCAUCGAUUCGUUUAGAUCGAUUUUGUUUCUCGAAACCUCUACGCUACAAGUCCGCCGGCCGGCCGCCAUGGUUACCAAGUCCUCCUCGGCGGUGGUAAUUCACGCCGGCGAGCACCUGUUCAAGGUCAUCGGCCACUCCACGAUCACGGGCAAGAUUACGCUCACUUCCGACACUUUCCGCGUUGCUGACCACGACUGGGCUAUCCUGUACUACCCGAACGGCGACGCUAGGGUCGUCGACGAUCAGUUCAGUUCGAUUUUCCUUAAGCUGGUGAACGCCGGCGAGGAUGAGAUCACGGUCUGCUAUUCCUUCUGUCUCCAGGACCCCGCUGCGCCGGCGACAGGGGAAAAGCACAUAUACCAAAGCGGAUCCCAGAAGUUCUCAUCCACAAAUUCGGCCUGGGGUAGGAGCAAUUUUGUGAGUAAAGCCGAUUUGUCCGGGUGCCUCGACGAUGGCUGCCUAGUGAUCAAGUGCACCGUCGAGGUCCCAAGACUGAUGGACGACCGACAGGAGGGCGAUGAUAACGACGGCGUCAUCGUGCCGCCCGCAGACCUAAGCAAAGAUCUGGCUAAUCUUCUAGACAGCGGGCUCAAGGCGGACCUGACCGUCAAGAUUGGUUGGUUCAAGAGAUUCAAGGUGCACGCGUGCGUGCUCGCUGCGCGAUCGCCCGUCUUCCGAGCCCAGCUGUGCGGCGCCAUGAUGGAGAGCAGAGAAAGCAGCAUCCGCAUCGAGGACGUGGAUGCCAAGGUUUUCGAGAUCCUGCUGCAUUACGUGUACAAUGAUCGUCUGCCGGAGUCUAUGGACGAGACAACGGAGGAGACCACAAACAUGGCGCAACAUUUGCUUAUCGCGGCCGAUCGUUACGCAAUGGAAAGGCUAAAGCUGAUAUGCGAGAGCAGGCUGAGCAAGGCGCUGGAUAUCAACACGGUGGGUUUCACCUUGGAUCUUGCAGAGCAAUACCAUUGUCAGCAGCUCAAGGAUUGUUGUCUCAGGUAUAUGACAAGAAACAGCAAGAGAUUACAAGAAAUCAUAAACAGCGAGGGGUUUGCUCAACUAACGCGAAACCACCCACAGGCCGCAUUCGAUAUUCUUGGACAAGUUAUUGCCUUACUGGCAACUUAGUCAUGUCAUAUCGACAUGAAUCAAGUGACAAUACAUCUUGAAAGCAGAAGCACAUACCAGCUUGAUCUCUAUGUAUUUACUGGUGUGUCAUGAAUUUGGUUUGUCUAAUUGGGCUGUGUGAAUGUCCUUGACGCACUACUUUAAAGCAUCUUCCAUGGCUUGUAUCUUAUUUUCUGGUAAGAGUGUUUAUUUUACAAGACUACA